GGUUCGAUGAGGUUGAGUUCUGGAGUCUUUCCUAAAAUCAAGAAAGUGCUGAAAAAAGUCGUCAGACAAGUGCAAAUGCAAUAAAAUUAGCAUUUUUCACAAGCAAAUCGGUUGUGUGAACUGCUACCGCUCGCCUAGUGAUUGGUAGAUUGUGUCUAAAGUGGAUUUUUCACUUCGAAUAAGUUGGCUGCUGAGGUGGACUAGCUCGGAUUGAGGAGUCGCUCGCUCCUCGGGUGUGUGCGAAAAGAGGCGUCAGCGUUUGCAUUUUCCGGUUCCUUCCAGACGCCUGUUAUCAAGAAUCUGGCAGCACCGCCGUGCCGUGAAUUCAUUUGGAUUCGUCCUAAACCGGUUCACUUUCAAAGAGUAUUCAAGAGCGAGAGAGUGAGAACCUGGAACUGAGUGUACUUAGACAAAUUGCAGUACCAGCACAGACGGACUCCGUGCGAAGCUCGCCCCGCUGCCCUGACAGAAGCAAAUCGAGUGUUGUUGCUGGCAGUGCCCAAGUGUCAAAAGAAGGCAAGCUCGUGCGAGGUUUGGGUUGGUUGGCUGCAUCAUCAUCAUCACCAGCCAUCAGAAAAAGUGCCAGUGUGUGGUUAUCCAUUCGAUAACGUCGUGUGUCUUGUGAGGUGCAAAUUGGAAGAGUAGUUGGAAGUGGGAAAAAGUCUUUGAAGUGAAGUGAAUGUUCAAGGUUUUCUUUUGUAGCUGACAAAUUGGUGCUUUAUUCCCCGUGGGCAAGGUGUACAAAAAAAGGAAUAACUUGUGAAGCACAGCACACAAGUUCGUAAGUGCAGGAAACAGCAAAAACAACAACAGUUCAAAGCAGCAAGCAGUAAAAACACCCGGAAGAAAAUGGCAGAUGUGGAUGAAGUGAUAAGUGACCAGGAGAAGAUUCGGAUCGUCAAUGAUUUCAUUCUGCACGCCCCACCGGGCGAAUUUAACGAGGUGUUCAACGACGUCCGCGAGCUGCUGAACGAUGACCGGCUGCUCAAGGAGGGGGCCAGUGCAGCCUGUGCCCAGUACAACAAGGACCAGCUAACGCCGGUCAUCCUCGAGGGCUCCGGGCUGGCCGUGCUCGUCACAGAGUUCAACGAUCUGGGAGGUGGCCGAUUCUUUGACCCGCGGACCAAACAGAGCUUCAAAUUCGACCACCUGCGCAAAGAGGCCCUGGACCUGCAGAACCAUGAGUGCGAUCACCUGUCGGAACCGUGGCGCGCCAUGCUGGACAUUGAAACGCUCACCUACUGUGCGAAUCACUACCGCAACGGAUCCUGCUCGGUGUACGGGCGCACCAUCAACGGACACAUCUCGCUGAGCGUAUGCAUCGAGGACCACCAGUUCCAGCCGAAGAACUUCUGGAACGGCCGGUGGCGCUCGGUGUGGAACAUCAGCUUCCCGGCGUCCGGUGCCGGCACGGCCGAACUCAAGGGCAUGCUGAAGCUGCAGGUGCACUACUACGAAGACGGUAACGUGCAGCUGGUGUCGUCGAAGGAGUUCCGCGAAUCGGUGGUCAUCUCGAAUGAAGCCGCCACUGCCAAGGAGAUCAUACGGGUGGUCGAGGAGAGCGAACACGACUACCAGACGGCAAUAUCGGAGAACUACCAGACGAUGUCCGAUACGACAUUCAAGGCGCUCCGGAGGCAGCUCCCCGUGACCCGGACGAAAAUCGACUGGAGUAAGAUAGUGUCGUAUAGUAUCGGUAAGGAACUGAAAACGCAAUAGGCUGGUUAAGGACUUUAUUAUUACAUUAUUAUAAUUAUUAUUUUCUAUGCGAGAGCGACCAGAGCGCGGAGGGGCGGGUCGUGAUGUUUGCGGGGGGAGUCGAUAAACAAAGUCUAGGUAAAAAAAACAUACACAAACGAACGGUCGUCGUCCCACACGCGCAUAACAGGACUACAUACACAAGGAUAGGGGGGACGUUACUCUAGCUAGGAAGUGAGGUUAUGUGCAAACGAAACGAAACGACGCGGAAGGCUAAAAACAAUUAUUAAUAAAUUUAACAAAUUACACUUCCUACCUUUGCGGAAGAAACGCACGCAAUCAAGCCACAAUAUUCGACGCAGUACUAGAAG